CACAGACUCCAGUUCCCUGUUGGCGUUGGGUAGUACUAGUACAAUGAAGGGACGAUGGGUGCCUGCAUCAGAAUAAUAUGGAUAAGAUUGACACCCUUGACAGCAUCUAUCAGUGAUGGUUCUGCUUUCCUGAUGUCUUUUUUGCCAAAACCCAUUACUCUCUCAGUAUCUUUACAUCUGUAGGAGAUAAAGUGUUGCAGUUGUAUCGGUCUGUUAGCUCCGUGCUAUGCUUUCACUCACAUCAACUGUAUUUUAUUGACCUGACCGAUAUCACUCAUACCAUGGCCAUUGCUCAGUUUCGCCUUUUUAAAAUAUGCACCUGCUUAGCAUCUCUCCUUUCAUUCCUGAAAAGACUAAUUUGCAGGACUGGAAGGUCACGCAAGCUGAGCGGGGAUCAGAUCUCCCUUCCUACCACUGUUGAUUAUUCAUCCGCACCAAAAAAGCCUGAAAUUGAGGAGUGGAGCUCAUGGGAUGAAGACGGCCCCACGAGUAUUAAAAUAGAAGGUGGUAACGGGACGGUUCCUCCUCAGAAUGAAGCCGAAGAUGAAGAGCCAGACUACUUUAAAGACAUGACUCCCACCAUCAGGAAAACACAAAAAAUCGUGUUGAAGAAAAGGGAACCUCUGAAUUUUUCCAUGCCAGACAGUUCCUCCGGUUUCUCCAGUAGAUUAGCUGCCUCUCAGGAUAUGUCCUUCAUCCAGCCAUCUGCGGAGCUGGGGGAUCUUGACACCUGGCAGGAGGACACAAAUGCUUGGGAGGAUGAGGCAGAAGCAGCUUGGGAGACAGAGGAAGUGAUGAGGCAGCAGAAGAUGGCGGAGAGAGAGAGACGUGCCAUGGAGCAACAAAGAAAGAAAAUGGAGAAAGAGGCGCAACGAAUGAUGAAAAAAGAGCAAAAGAUCGCCGUCAAACUUUCGUAACAUUUAUACAGCACUGGACACUCUACACAACAGCCAGUCAACUUACCACAUGUUGAAUACGUUCUCGUUUUGUCUCAGCUACCACGCUGCUGUCUUUUGGAGUCCAUCCGUUGUCUGGAAGAAUUUGAUUUUCUUGUUUUUUGUAUAUUGGACAAAACACAGCACAAAGAACCCUUCCCUCGUACAUGAGUUCUUGUGAAUAUUCUUGCGGUGAAAAUACUGGAUGGGUUUUUUGUGUCAGUAUUUAUAAAACUUGAAAGAAUUUAUUCAGAAUCAUUUUAAAUAAUUCUGUUUAUUCUGGGUUUGUGUUUUUGGCCUCAGUGUUUUUCACAUCUGUUUUUAUUUUCUUUAUCCUCUUGUAACUGUCCUUUCAGCAGUGGGAAAAUUCAGUUUCUCCUCUCUAAUAUCUCCUGGUCUUAACUGCUAAUAAUUGUUAAAGACCUUACAUUUUUCCAAAAUAGACAUUUUGUUUUAAACCUACACCUUGAUCUGGUUAAAUGCUAAAUUAAAUGGUUAUCUUUACUGGGAAUAGAGAUGUGUAGCGAGUUGAAAAUGCUUUAAUAAGGAGUGGGUUGGUCAUCAUGGAAACGCUAGAAUUUUAAAAUAUCCAGAUUGGCAACCAACGCAUCUUCUAUCUUUGGUAGAACCCAAUGUCUGUUGCUAAGAAGUGUUGAAAGAUAAUUACAUUCACCUUCAGUAUAGCUUUAAGCCUGAUAUAAUCUGCUGUAUGUAGAAACAGUUCAUCACACUGAUCACAGGCAUAAACAUUUAAAUUUUGAUUUAUCACAGGGAUAUCUUUGUUCUAUUAACACAGUUUUACUGAAUGAAGAGAUAAUGAUGCUACCAGGGGAAGCUCUCCGGUGUCUUUAUUGAGAAAUGGGCAAAUUGUUCAAGUCUAUAAGUGGAUCAUGUCUAUUGGUACAAUACUGAGGAUUGUCCUAUUAAAAUAAUGAUGGUGCUGAUAAUAACUUCUGCAUGCUAUGAUUAUUGAGGAAGAUGAAGCCAUGAGUGAUGCAAGCUGAUCAUAAUGUAAAGCAGAAUAAAAUCACACCUUUUUGUUAUUGUU